AGGAAAAGGAAUGAGGCUCGGGCGGGUGGAGCCAAGGCCGUGCUCAAAGCAGGACAUGGAGGAACGCGGGUCUCCCGACGGGGACCUCGCGCGGAGCCUGGAGCAAGGACUGGAGGGGCAGGAAACGCCCAUCCAGGUGGUGCUCAGGGCUCCUGUGUCAUCCGCUUGGGUCCCAGGGUGCGUCCUAUGAGCGCGGCCGAGCUGCGUCGCGGGGAGCAGAGCGCGUUGCACUGCUCUGGAACCCGGACUCUGCAGGUAAGCCCCCCGGGCGGCGGCCCCGACAUAGCCUUCCGCUUCGGCGCUGUGCUGGACGGAGCGCGCACGCAGGAGGACGUGUUCCGAGCGUGUGGCGUGCGACGCCUGGGCGAGCUGGCCUUGCGCGGCUUCUCCUGCACCGUCUUCACUUUCGGCCAGACCGGCUCUGGGAAGACCUACACGCUGACGGGACCUCCUCCCCAGGGGGAGGGGGUGCCUGUACCCCCCAGUCUGGCUGGCAUUAUGCAGAGGACCUUCGCCUGGCUGUUGGACCGCGUGCAGCACCUGGGUGCUGCAGUCACCCUGCGUGCUUCCUACCUGGAGAUCUAUAAUGAGCAGGUUCGGGACUUGCUGAGUGUGGGGUCUCCCCGGCCCCUCCCCGUUCGCUGGAACAAGACCCGGGGCUUCUACGUGGAGCAGCUGCGGGUGGUGGAGAUCGGGGGCCUGGAGGCCCUGAUGCAACUUCUGCAGAUGGGGCUCAGCCGGAGGAGGAGCUCGGCCCACACUCUCAACCAGGCCUCCAGCCGCAGCCACGCGCUGCUCACACUGUACAUCAGCCGCACCCGGCCCCAGCUCCAGCAGGUGCCUCCUGCGGACUUGGCGGCGCCCCCUGCUGGUGGGAAGCUGUGCUUUGUCGACCUGGCUGGCAGUGAGAAGGUGGCGGCCACAGGAUCCCGUGGGGAGCUGAUGCUCGAGGCCAACAGCAUCAACCGCAGCCUGCUAGCCCUGGGUCACUGCCUUUCCCUGCUGCUGGACCCACAGCGGAAGCAGAGCCACAUUCCUUUCCGGGACAGCAAGCUCACCAAGUUGCUGGCAGACUCACUGGGGGGCCGAGGGGUCACCCUCAUGGUGGCCUGCGUGUCCCCCUCUGCCCAGUGCCUUCCUGAGACUCUCAGCACCCUGCGAUAUGCAAGUCGAGCUCAGCGGGUCACCACCCGGCCACAAGCCCCCAAGUCCCCUGUGGCAAAGCAGCCCCCAGGUCUGGAGACUGAAAUGCUGCAACUCCAAGAGGAGAAUCGUCGCCUGUGGUUCCAGCUGGACCAAGUGGACCCCAAGGCCCCAGGGCUGCAUGGGGCACGGGGUUCCUGGGCCCAGCGGAACCUCUAUGGGAUGCUGCAGGAGUUUAUGCUGGAGAACGAGAGGCUCAGGAAGGACAUGAGUCAGCUGCAGAGGAGCCGGGACAUGGCCUGGGCUGAGCAGCAGGUGCUGGCUCAGCAGGUCCAGGAGCUGGAGAGGCGCCUCCUCGCUGCCUCCCGUGUUCAUCCUGUCCCUGCUGCCAGCCCACCGUGUCCUUGUGUGAUGCUCCCAGCUGUUCCCUGCCAUGCAUUGCAGUCCUUCUGCUCCUGCCCGUGCUGUCACCUCUGCCCCCUGUGCCGGGCACCCCUGGCCCACUGGGCAUGCCCUCAGAGAGAGGGCCACCUGCCGCAGAUGCUGGGCCCCAAGGCCCCAGGCGACAUCCCUCUCUCUGCCCGGCCCCCACCCUGGGCACCUCCAUACAGCCCUGGCUCUGCCAAGUGCCUGAGAGAAAGGAGCCGUGGCAGCUGGACGCAGACCACGAUGCUGGCAGAGAUGCUGAUUGGGGAAGAGGUGGUCCCCUCAGCUCCCCCACUGCCAGUGGAGCCCCCUAACACACCACCAGUGCUAAGAGGUGGGACCGGGGUUGCAAACUUGGCUCAAAGGCUGGAGGCCCUUAGACACCAGAUUGGCAACUCCCUACGACGUGGUCAGAGUCGGCUACUGCCCAGCGAGGGCCCUCAGAGCCUGGACCAAGUCCUCCCUCCCCGCUGAAGGCACAGUGGGUCCCAAGCAUGCCCUGGGCAGGCUCUGUGCUCUUGGCUUCAGUCUCCCCACACAGAAGGAACUGGCCACCACCGCUUGCUGCCACUUAACUCGACAGAGGACAUGUUUGGAGUCUGGGGGCUUGGUGUAAGGUUGUCUGGGGAGAAAGGACCAGCCUGCCCCUGACUGGAGAAAACAGACAGUGGUUGAUGGAAUGUGUGAAUAAAGAGGCGUGAGCUCCA